AUGGCGAGUGAUAAUCAGAAACGGUGUCCGACCACUUGUGGUGGACCCCUGAGCCCCGGCAUGGCAUCGACGUCCCCUCGCACCUCUUCGAUGUCCCUAAGCUCUCGCUCCGAUUCUUCCCACCUCUGUGAACCGCUGGCUCCACCCAGUAACUCGUUCGCGAAGGCCAGCACCACCACCAAGGCCUUGACGCCUCAUCGCCAGCUGGGCGAGCUGCUGCGCUCUAUUGACCCCAGGUACUGCUUCCAUCCAGCAGUAGAGGAGCUUUUGCUGGACAUGGCGUCUGAGUUUGUACAGGAUGUGGUGGAGUUUUCGGGGAAAAUGGCCAAACACAGACGUUCGACGGUAUUAGAGCCACGGGACCUGCAGUUUUGUCUCGCCAAGAACUAUGGCGUUUCUUUGGCUGGUGUACUACCUACUACAGCUAGCGGAGCUACUUCUGCCUCAAUGCUGAGGCCUAUGGGUCAGGAUAUGCUGGUCCGUGCUCGGCCAGCGAAGAAUUCGUUGCACAUGCAUCGCAUGGCGCUCAAACGCAACUCGCUGCUGCAUACGAAAACGAAGCUGAAGACUGCGCAUGCAGUCAAAGUCGCUGAAGGCAGCAGGAAGGUGGUGUGCAAGACUAGUAGUAUCAGCAAGUAG